AUGUUCGGCGCUGGACUCGGUCUUGGCCACACUCUUGCUGCACCCGCCGCGCCCUUCUUCGCGCAGGCUCCGGUUCACGUUAAACAUUUCGUCAGUGCUCCUGCACCUACCACGGCUGUAGUCCACCACGCUCCACUUGUGAGGCAGGUCGUUGCCGCUCCUGCUCCAUCUUUUGUUCACCACGCCCCAGCGGCACCUUUGUUUAACGUCCCACGCAUCACGGUAGCCGCUGCUGCUCCGGUUGUGCACCACGCUGCUCCCGCCGUCGCCUACCGUACCGCUGCUCUCGCCGCUCCUUUGGCAACAUUCGGAGCUGGACUCGGCUUCGGCCAUACUCUUGCCGCACCUGCACUUGCGGCAGCGCCAGCUCCCGUGCACGUGAAGCAAUUUGUAUCGGCUCCAGCGCCGGCUCCCAAUUUCUUCCACCAUGCCCCAGUUUUCGCUGCGCCCCGCGUCGCAGUAGCAGCUGCUCCAACGGUCGUCCAUCACGCCGCUCCAGCCGUGGUUCAGCACACCGCUCCGGCUCUUGCAUACCGCAGUGCUGCCCUGACAGCUCCACUGGCCACUUUCGGUGCAGGACUCGGCUUUGGACACACGUUCGCUCCUGCGUCAGCUCUGGUCCACCAAGCCCCUGCCGUCGCAGCUGCCGUUCCUCACGUUAAGCACUUCGUUUCCGCUGCAGCUGUGGCUCCAGCACCUGCCGUGUUCGCUGGACCAGCAGUCGCUCCUGCUCCUGUCGUUCACCAUGUGAAGCAGUUUGUAUCCGCCCCGGCCGUCGCUGCUGCGCCAGCAUUCGCUGCAGCUCCCGCCCUAGUCCACGCCACUCCAGCAGCCAACCUAGUCGCUUACCGCACCGCUGCCCUGGGCGCUCCCCUCGCCACGUUUGGAGCCGGUCUCGGUUUGGGCCACACACUCGCUGCUCCUGCGGUACCUCAUGUCAAGCACAUCUUCUCUGCUCCAGCUGCCGCACCUGCAGCUGUCUUUCAACAUGCUCCCGUGGUCCAGCAAGUACACGCCGCUGCCCCAGCCGCCUUCGUCCAACAAGCCCCCGUAGUCCAGCACGUUCAGGCAGCACCCAGCGUAGUUGCCUACCGCCAAGCCGCGCUCGCAGCUCCACUAGCGACGUUCGGAGCUGGUCUGGGUUUCGGUCACACCUUCGCCGGCCCGGCUACUUCGGUGCUCCACCACGCCACUCCGGCCGUCCACCAUGUGAAGCACAUUGUCCCCGCUGCUCCAACCUUCGCUGCUCCAGCUGCCCCUGCCGUCGCCGUCGCCCACGCUCCGGCGCCAGCUUUGGUCCACCACCUCGCCGCUCCUGCAGUCGCCGCGGCUCCCCAGGUCGUCGCUUACAAGACUGCGGCCCUGUCCGCUCCACUGGCCACUUUUGGCGCCGGCUUGGGUUUCGGACACACCUUCGGAGCUCCAGCUCUGCUGCAGGCUCCCGCUGCCGUUCCUCACGUCAAGACGCUCGUACACCACGCUCCGGCGGCCGUCGUCCAGCAGGCAGCUCCGGUGACAGUGGUCCAACAGCAGCACGCAGUAGUCCAUCACGCCGCUCCGGCCGGCGCAGUGGUCCACCACGCCGCUCCUGCAGCAGCCGUCUUCCACCACGCUGCUCCCGCCGCGGCAGUUGUAGACCCGCUGGCAUUCGAUCUCAGUUACCAGAAGCUCUUCGCUUCUGGUCUCGGUCUGGGUCAGACCAUCUCGUACGGCAACGGCCUCGACGAGGAGCCCGGCUGGGAGGUGAAGUACAUCGAGUUGCUUCGCAGGAGGAAGAAGAAGUGA